AUGAACGACGGGGAUGUACGCGAACGCUUGCUUGCCCGACCAAGAAUUACGCCACAGCAUAUAAGCGAUCGCGAGUCCUACUCGCACGAUGAUCUGCUGCACUCUAUUGGAUCAUUUUCCGCUGUGGUCUGGCCAGUUGCCGUCACUAUGUUGAUUGCCAGUUUUGUGUCGGUUAACGUGGUGGAUCCCGUGUCUGCGAAAGCGCUUGCAAAAGCUUACUUGAUUUAUGGCCCAGAAAAAGACAAAGAGGCAUCUACUGGGACCAAACUCGAAGAUGCACUAAUAAAUGCUUUGGCAAUCGUGUCUUUUUUCAUCGUUGCUACGUUCGUGAUUGUGUGCUGUUACAAAUUUAACUUCAACAGAAUGCUGAUUGGAUACAUGAUGUUUUCGUCGGCAAUGCUGCUUGGCAUGUUGGGGGGGAAUAUGCUGAUUAUUAUUGUCACCGACUUAAAUAUUCCGAUUGACGUCUUAACGCUGUUUUUUGCGAUGUACAAUUUCUCGGUUGUCGGCGUGCUGUCUAUUUUUUAUCAGAAGGGCCUGCCCACAUGGCUUACCCAGACGUAUCUGGUGCUCACAUCUGUCAUAAUGGCGUGGCAACUGGGGCAAUUUCCAGAAUGGAGUUCAUGGGCGCUGUUGGUUGUUCUUGCGUUUUACGAUUUGUGCGCGGUGCUGACGCCGUGCGGGCCACUGAAAUGGCUAGUCAGUCUCGUACAGCAAGAAGGACGCCCGCUUCCUGCGGAAAUCAUCCGGAAUCCUUCAGACCAGUUUGCUCAGCCUGUACACGAAAGUGUGUACUACCAGUGCGAAUCAGAAAUUCCACUCCGUAUUUGUUCGCCACUUAAUUUGUCUCGAGCUUCAGAAACGUCUGCGCAAUCUUUGCCAACGUCACUUCAGACUCAACUCCGCGUUCGCUUGAUCAAAUUUUAUAUGAGUCACAAUCCCUCGGCUGUGUCUCGUGUCGACAAAAUUAUAGAACGGUAUCAGGGUCGCGAAUCUCAGUUGUGGCAUGAUUUAGAGGCAAAGUACAAUGAAGAACUCAAAGACACGGACGAAACAAUCAAACUAGGAUUAGGUGAUUUUGUCUUCUACAGCGUUUUAGUUUCGCGAGCCGCAAAAUACGACUUCUCAGCAAUGAUCGGAUGCUUAGUCUCAAUCUUGAUGGGCUUAGGAGGUACGCUACUUCUCCUCGGUAUCCAUCAGAAAGCGCUUCCAGCCCUUCCAAUUUCCAUCCUACUAGCGGUCAUAAUGUAUUUUUGGCUACGGGUGGUGUUCAUGGACUACGCAACUUUUGCAUUUUCUUUCGGCGUGCCUCUUUAG